UUUCAACAGUACAUGAAAUUUAUGAUCUCAUCAAGUUCUAACAUUCCAUGACGAAGUACUGAAUUUAUUUUUAUGUAAACAAAGCUAAAACUCAUUUUUUUUGGCUAGGUCAAUAUUCUAUGGGUAGGCUCAAGUCAAUUCUACCCAACUUCGAAUCAUAGCAGUCAUUUUAUGUUAGGGAACAAAGUGGACAACAUCCAGGAUUUUGUUUUUCAUUAAUCGAUAUUUUGGACUUGCUGUAAUCAUUGCCUCGACCUUCUGUCAGUUUUCUGAUGUCUUCGUUUGUACUAGCAUCAACUUACUUCUUUGUAGUUGAUGUCCACACAAAUCCUGUUAAUGCCAUAUGUAGAUGUUUCCCUGCUAGCAUGUUUGUUCACCAGUAACCCUUAUUUGUUACUAGGUCAUGCAUUCACGAACUUCGACAUCAUUGGACUUUUUCUUGUUUUGAACAUCGAGAUUAUCCUUCUUCGAAGGCUGUUUGCUCUCUAUGACUACAAACGAGUGAUUGUGAUUCCCAUGGUAGUAUUAUUUAUCAUAUAUGUAUGCAGUACAGUGGGAAUAGCUAUUGCAAUGAGUGUAUACUCUCAAGAAAAUGAGUUUGUGCUCUUUGGUGUAUGUGAAGAAAUAAUUCCAAGCUGGUUCAUUCCGUUCUGGACUCCAAUCAUGGCCUUCGACUUCGUGAUCAUGGUACUUGCUGGCUUCAAAUCUAUGCAACAUUACAUCCAUGUUCCUAAUAAAAAUUGGUCUGGUGCUCGAUUAAUGAAGACUCUGGCACGAGACUCUUUUGUUUACUUUGCAUGCAACUUCUUUAAUUACUUGGCCAUCACCUUUGUGUUUCAUCUCGCACCACCUGAGUUCUUCCAACUAGGAGCAAGCUGGACAAUUGUGAUACCUCCAAUAGCUGCCAACCACCUGCUCAUAAAUAUGGAACAAUCUCGUUUCAGAGACACCAACUCCACUACAGACUCAAGGACCAAUGUGGAAUCUGAGUCCUCGAAGGACAUAGAGCUGACACAACGACAUGUUCAGAAUACUGCACUGCUUGCUGUUGUAUAACUGAAGAAGUGAUACAUGGUUUUGUACAGUAUGUAGGGUCUUCGAUUUGUUCCACAAAGAUGUGUCUGUUGUACAUUAACUUGAGAGUUUUCCGUUACAGUUUAAAUUUAUGUGCUUUACCAGUUAAAUAUGCUCAGGAUAGUUCGAAGAAACAUAAAUGGGACUGGUAACA